CUAAAAGGAGCUUCGCUACAGCUAUGGUGGGAUAUAAAGUCGGCAUGCGUCCAUGAAUGUCGUUCUAAAGACAAUCAGAACAUAAUGGCGAAUACUACUUCUACUCAAGAAGGCAAUGGACUAUAUGGCAUUGACAAUGCUGCCAACUCUCUUCCUGCACUUUGUGCCUGUGCCCGAGGCUUCCUCGAUGAGACGUACGAUAUCAUAAUCAUUGGCUGUGGCACGGCUGGUCUUGCUGUUGCUGCAAGAUUGACCGAGGAUCCAAACAUUAUGGUCGGCGUGCUGGAAGCUGGUAAAUCAAGACUGGAUGACCCUCUCGUCGACACCCCUGCAACCUUCCCGGAGCUCCUUGGCAACCCCGAGUAUGACUAUGGAUUCAAGUCGACACCGCAGAAAGGCAAUCGCGAUAUCGUCCAUCAUUUAUGCCGCGGAAAAGCUUUAGGAGGGUCGAGCGCCAUCAACUACAUGCUAUAUGUACGAGGCUCAGACGCCGACUAUGACGACUGGGCAGACCUUGUGGGAGAUUCUACUUGGUCCUCCAAAGCUCUGAAGCCUUAUAUGCGCAAACAUCAAACGCUUGAACGGAUUGAUGCGUCCAUCACGAACCUGACUGACUAUCCUCAUGUUGGCGAAAAUCAUGGCACAAAAGGACCCGUGCAUACCUCUUUCAACGAUAGCUCUUUCCCAAUUGGGGACUUGUCCAUCAAAGCUAUGGACGAAGUGUCCGGACUCUCAAAGAAGCCAAUAGAUCCCUGGAGUGGCGAUCACAUUGGCUUCUUCAACACACUUGGUGCAGUAUCUCGGUCAGGGCCACACAAAGGCAAACGAAGCUAUGCUGCUCGUGGCUACUUCCAAGCUAAUGCUUGCCGACCGAAUCUGAAAGUGCUCUGCGAAGCACAAGUGAACAAGAUAGUUCUUGAGAACGGUGUUGCAAAAGGUGUUGAGUUCAUCUACCAUGGAAUGAACGAGACUGUAUACGCCAAGAAAGAGGUCAUCUUGUGUGGUGGUGUGAUCAAUUCACCUCAAAUUCUGGAACUCUCUGGUAUCGGUGAACCGAAGAUCCUGGAGCAAGCCGGUGUUGAGUGCAAGAUCAAGCUCCCUGGUGUUGGCGAGAACUUGCAGGAUCAUGCUUGUGCUGUUCUUGGUCUCGACCUCAAACCAGGUACUAUCACUAUGGACAUUCUCGGUGACCCUCAAGUCAUGGAAGCGGCGGGUAAAGCACUUGUGGAAACUCAAAGUGGUCCCCUGACCUCCAUCGUCAGUACCCAAGGCUUCCUCCCCUACAAACUUCAAGCUACUGCCUCUGAGCUCGAGUCUACUGUCAAAAGUAUUCGCGAGACCCAGCAAUUGUCUUCUACCACCCCUUUCUACAAGCGGCAAUUGGAUCAAGUCAUCGCACAUCUCGAAAGCGACAAAUCCGCCAACUUGCAGUUCAUAGUCGUGCCUGCAGGAGCAGACUACGAGAACGGAAUUGCGACGCAGAAGAUAUGGCCUCCACCUGACAACAACCGUCUUCAUCGUAUGGUUAUAGCGUCGUGCUUACAAUAUCCUGUUGCUCGUGGCACAUGCCACAUCAGCAGUUCUGAUCCCUCGGCACAUCCCAUCAUUGAUCCAGGAUACAUGAACCAUCCAGCCGAUGUAGCAGUCUUAGCAUCUGGCCUGCAUUUUAACCACCUCGUGACCAAAACCUCCCAUUUAGCUCCCCUGAUCCACGAACGUUCCUAUCCACCCGCCUCGAGAAACCUCGAUGAUCGUACAGACCGCGAGGAAGCCGUCAAAGAUUGGAUUAUGGGUGAAUAUCAUCUCAUUGGUACUUGCGCUAUGGGUGAAGUCGUAGAUACCAGACUGAAAGUCAAGGGCGUCAAGGGGCUGAGAGUCGUGGAUGCGAGUGUUUUCCCUAAUCACGUCAGCGGCAAUAUCUGCAGCAGUGUAUAUACUGUUGCUGAAAAGGGUGCUGAUCUCAUCAAGGAGGAUUGGGGGAUUGAUGUUGAAGCAUUCGACAUUGGAAAGUUGAAGCUUUGAGUUGCUUUUCGGUCGUGCUUAAUUUGGGUAAUAUUUCUACAACUGGAAGGUGAACUCGGCCGAGAUCUUGGGGUCACCCUGUUCGUAUACAGGGCUUGCAGGAUUUGCAACUUCCGAACGGCGUUCAGACACCUGUCUACAAUGAAC